AUGCCCCACGAAACCCUGACCCGCGACGCCGUAGCGCAACACAACACCGCUGACGACCUCUGGUGCAUCGUGGACCACAAAGUCUACGACCUGACCGACUUCGUGGAUGCGCACCCCGGCGGCUCCGUCGUGCUGACCCAAGUCGCGGGCCAAGAUGCCACGACCGCCUUCUACAACCUGCACCGGCAGGAGGUGCUGCAGAAAUACUCCUCGCUCUGCGUCGGCACCCUAGAAGGGGAAAAGGCCGAAGUGCUGGAGCAGAAGCCCGGAGAUCUCAGCGCCGUGCCUUACGCGGAGCCCCUGUGGCUGCGGCCGCAGUUCAGGAGCCCGUAUUACAAGGAGAGCCAUCGGCGGCUGCAGAAGGUGAUGCGCGAGUUCAAUGACAAGUAUAUUUACCCUGAGGCGCAGGAGAAGGAGAAGGAUGGCACGUUUAUCUCGCAGGAGCUGAUUGACCGCAUGGCGGAGACGAACAUACUGGCGAUGCGGUUGGGGCCGGGGGAACAUUUGUAUGGGCGAGAGAUUCUGGGGGGCGUGGUGGAUGGCAAGGAGUUCGACUAUUUCCAUGACUUGGUGGUGGCUCAGGAGCUGGUUAGGGCGAACGCGAGGGGGUUUCAGGAUGGGAAUAUGGCGGGUAUGACGAUUAGUUUGACGGCGGUGAGGCAGUGGCUGAAUGAUAGGGAGCUGAAGGAGAGGAUCACGCAGGAAUGCCUGAGCGGGAAGAAGAAGAUAUGUUUGGCGAUUACGGAGGCUUUUGCGGGUAGUGAUGUCGCGGGCAUACGGACAACGGCGGAAAAGACGCCGGACGGGAAACACUACAUCGUCAAUGGAACGAAGAAGUGGAUAACGAACGGAGUGUGGUGCGACUACUUCGUGACAGGAUGCAAGACGGAGAAGGGGUUCUCAGUCAUUCUCAUCGAGAGGAGUGAUGCAGUCGAGACGAAGCUGAUAAAGACGAGCUAUUCGACCGCGGCUGGCACGACGUACAUCCAGUUCGAGAACGCCAAGGUGCCUGUGAGCCACCUUAUGGGAGAGGAGGACAAGGGUUUCCAGGUCAUCAUGAGCAACUUCAACCAUGAGCGGUGGAUGAUGGCCUGCGCGGUAAUCCGGCAGUCGCGGUCAGUAGUCGAAGAGUGCCUCAAGUGGUCAAACCAGCGCAUCGUCUUCAAGCAAAAGCUGAUUGCUCAACCUACCAUCCGGCAAAAGCUCGCGAAGAUGAUAUCCCACGUUGAAGCCAACCAGGCCUGGUUGGAACAGAUCACGUACCAGAUGUGCUCGAUGAGCUACGCGCAGCAAGCCAAGCUGCUCAGCGGACCGAUCGGCUUGCUGAAGUCGUUCGCAACGCGCUCCGCACAUGAGAUUGCGGACGAGGCUGUCAAUAUCUUCGGUGGAAGGGGUUUGACUCAGGGUGGCAUGGGCAAGGUGGUGGAAAUGUUCCAUCGGACAUGUAAGAGCUUCUUCAUCCCUUUGAUUAUAUUGAAAAGCUGA